AUGAGUAAGAUUUUUACAAAAAUGAUAGAAUAAGAAUAAUAAUUGGCUUGUGCAUAUGGGCAUAAUCAACGAAUUAUCACUGUUGCACUAGAUUCAAAUAUACCUCAAUCUUAAAGACUCUAUUGUGAGUAAUGUUUAGAUACAGCAGAAGGAUAUUCUAAACUGCUAUCAUAUAAAAAAGUAGUAAGCCUGAUUUAAGAAGAAUUAAAAAAGAAAGCAGAAUAUGUUGAAAAGCUAAUUUAUUUUAAUUACUCAAAAUUGAAUAGUUAAUUGAUACUAUUUCAAGUUUAAAAUCAAGCUUGA